AUGUACCCCCCCACGACCCCCGACCCCCUCAGCCACCACCACCUAGCCACCCAAAUCCUCAACUACCAACUAACCCACGGCAUGCACCUAAAACACAUCAUCCACUUCAACCAACCCCAACCCUCCCACAACAUAACCACCAGCAACAGCAGCAGCUACCCCAUCUCGACCAGCAUCUUCCCCACUCCUUUCCCAAGGGCCCUAUUCCACCAGGCACACACCCUCCAACCAAUCUACAACGAGCUCUACGCCCAUCUCUCAGACAACGAGUCCUGGCUCUACAACUCGGUAAUUAAACCUCUUCUCCCUGUAGACCCCUUCGCGAGGAUAUUAUGGGAGAUUCAUCUGCGGAUAAAGAGUAAAAGAGGAGGGGGGUAUGGCUCCGAUAUCUCGAUGGGGAUAUUCCGGUCGGAUUAUAUGCUUCAUGUUCCUGGAGAUUACAACGAGGAGGAAGGUGAAGUUGAAGUCGGGAUUAGCCUUGAAGAAAGUGAAGAUGCGGGAUUGAUGCUCAAGCAAGUCGAGUUCAACACUAUCGCGUGCGCGGGAGGAUGUCAUGCGAAGAAAGUGGUGGAUAUGCAUCGGUAUUUGACGAGGACGGGUGUGUAUGAUUCUUUGUCGAAUGCGAACGGGGAAGAAACAAGGGAGAAAAGUCCAAUUACGCUAUCCUCCCUGCCUACGAAUGAGAAUAUCAAAGGCUUAGCUGAUUCUCUUGCUACGGCGCAUGAUAUAUAUGGCCCGGUUAAAAGCGAUCUGGCUACCAAGACGGGUGUGCUUUUCAUUGUCCAGCCGGAUAACUUUAACGUUGCUGAUGAGUUGCCUAUUGAGUAUGCGCUGUGGGAUAGGGAUGUUCCUGUCCCGACGUAUAGGGUUGAGUGGGGGGACGAUGUGUUGGGGAGGACUUGUCUUGGUGGGGAUCGGGAGUUGUUGUUUUAUCCGCAUUUACAGGGUGAAGGGAGCAAGCCGGUAGAGAUAUCGGUUGUGUAUUUGCGCGCUGGGCUCGAAGUGCAUGAGUAUGAUGCUGCGGGGAUAGAAUGUCGAGUCAGGCUGGAGCAGUCGCGGGCUAUCAAGUGUCCGUCGGUGCUGGGACAUGUGUUGAUGUUUAAGAAGGUGCAGCAGGCUCUCAUGGGUCCGGCGGUGUUGGAGAGGUUUCUUGAUUCCGAGGAGAAGGUAUUGGCUAUUAGAGAUACGUUUGUGGGUAUGUACCCGAUGGAUGGUGAUUCUGAGGAGGGGAAUUAUGCGCGUGGGCUGGCGACGGAUCCUGAGACAGCGUGGAGGUAUAUUCUGAAGCCGUCGCUCGAAGGCGGAGGGCAUAAUAUCUACGGGGAGGAUAUACCGGGGUUUCUUUUGGGGAUGGAUUCUGAAUCCGAGUGGGGGAGGUAUGUGUUGAUGGAGAGGAUUAGGUCGCCGGUUGUGGGAAAUGUGCUGAUGUCGAGGAUGGGGGUGGAGGAGUCGGAUGUGGUUUCGGAGUUGGGGGUGUUUGGGUUAUGUAUUUGGAAGAAGGGGGAGAUUUUGAGGAAUGAGACUGUGGGAUGGUCGUUGAAGACGAAGUUUGCGGAUGUGGAUGAAAUGAGUGUGGUUAAGGGGUUUGGGUGCUUUGAUACGCCGUUGUUGGUUUGAUUGCUGGUUGUGGAGGCAAUCAUUGCAGCGUCUUUUGGGUAGUAUGUUGUUAUAUAGAGAUCAUGGAUUCC